AUGACUCGGUGCCAACACACCGACUGGGAACUCUGCGAGAGCCUCAGACUGCAAGAGUUGAAAGAGGCCCGCGACCGUGCAGCCCAGAUGGAGACAACAAUGAGAUGGUGGAGCGAGUGUACAGCCUCUUGGCGCGAGAAAUGGGCCACAGUUCGAGAUGAGCGCAACCGAGCACGGGAGGAGGGUCAAGCCCUACGAGAAGCGCUCGAGAAUGCCAACGCAUCCACCGAGCAAGUACUCACCGAACAACGCCGUUCCGAAGCCGUGAUCCAGAGGCUGAAGACGGCGCUUCAUCGGCGGGACACGAGCAACAUUGCUGCGAAUCUGCCCGAGAUCGUCGUCGAACCUCUCGAAUCAAUGGACGCACAGGUCGAGGCCGUCCCAUCGAGGCAACAAAAAUUUGUGCAAACCGAAGAGACGUACGUCGCCGACCCCCUAACCACCCAACACCAAAGGAAUAUUGUCCACUUCCUCGGCAGGGAAAAGUGCCUUUCGCUGGAGAGUCGGGUCGCGAGUCUGGAGAGUGAGCUCAGCGACGCGCGGCUAAAAUGUUCAGAAGCGGAGGAGGGCAAGUCGCUGGUCAUUGAGCAGAUCGAGGAGCUGAAGCGGUGCAACGAGGAGAAUAUUCAGAAUGCGAAUUGUCGACAGGAGCAGGAAAUAGAACGGGUUUCCCACGAGGUCGGCGAGUUACGCGAUGAAAAUGAGUCGCUGAAGGAGGAGAAUGUGAAUUUGCACAAAGAAAUCGAAAGCCUGCGCCGGAUGCUCCAGAUCAGCAUCAUGGGCUCGGAUUCGGCACCGGAAAUC